AUGACAACGUAUUACGCGAAGGUGGUGCAGAAGGACAUUCCCGUCGCUGUAGAUCUGCUGGGGGACAUUCUGCAGAAUUCGCUCUUUAGCGAGGAUGCGGUGGACCGCGAGCGCGGGGUCAUUCUGCGGGAAAUGCAGGAGAUCGAGAAGCAGGUGGAGGAGGUGCUGUUCGACCACCUGCACGCCACGGCGUUUCAGUUCAGCCCGCUGGGGCGCACCAUCCUGGGCUCCGCGGACAACGUGCGCGCCAUCACGCGCGACGACCUCGAGAAGUACAUUGCCACGCACUACACCGGGCCCAGGAUGGUGGUCUCAGCAGCAGGGGCGGUGGAUCAUGAUGCCCUGGUGAAGAUGGUGGAGAAGACUUUCGCCUCGCUGCCUGCUGCCAGCACCACCACGGUCGCUGACCUCAUCGCCAAGGAGCCCUCCAAGUUCACAGGUUCCGAGGUGCGCAUUCGUGACGACGACAUGCCCUUGACCAACUUCGCCAUCGCCUACAAGGGCGCCAGCUGGACGGACCCCGAUGCCGUGGCGCUGCAGGUCAUGCAGACCAUGCUGGGGUCCUGGAGCCGCGGCGCUGGUGGCGGAAAUGCUCUGGGGUCGGAGUUGGCACAGAAGGUAGCGGCCAACAGUCUAUGUGAGCGAUUCAUGGCAUUCAACACCAACUACUCAGACACGGGUCUCUUUGGCGUCUACGCCUGCGCCAAGCCCGACCAUCUGGACGACCUCGCGUGGGCCAUGAUGCACGAGAUCACUCGCCUCGCUUACCGUGUGUCUGAUGAUGACGUCACCCGCGCUGGCAAUGCGCUGAAGGCGUCCCUGGCGCUGCAUCUGGACGGCUCAAGCGCAGUGGCGGAGGACAUUGGGCGGCAGCUGAUCACGUACGGGCGGCGCAUCCCCCUGGCUGAGAUGUUUGCUCGUAUCGAUGCUGUGGAUGCUGACACAGUGAAGCGCGUUGCAGAGCGGUUCCUGCUGGAUAGGGACGUGGCAGUGGCAGCUAUCGGCCCGACUCAGUUCCUCCCAGACUACAACUGGCUGCGCCGACGCACCUUCUGGCUGCGAUACUAA